AUGAAGACCGCUUUGAUGGUAGCAGAAAAACCCUCUUUAGCAGCAUCCCUUGCUAAUAUAUUAAGCAAUGGACGGUGUGUAACUAGAAAAGGAUUGAAUGGAACUUGUCCUGUCCACGAAUGGGUAGACCAAUUUAGGUAUGAGACGGUAAAUUUUAAGAUGACAUCCGUAUGUGGGCAUGUCAUGACGUUGGAUUUUAUUGGAAAGUACAACAAUUGGGACAAAGUGGAUCCAGCAGAAUUAUUUUCGUGUUCAACUGAGAAAAAGGAAGCUUUGCCCAAAUUAAAAAUACCAUAUAUUUUGGCCAAGGAGGGAUCACAUUGCGAUUAUUUGAUAUUAUGGUUAGAUUGUGACAAAGAAGGUGAAAAUAUUUGUUUUGAAGUUAUAAACGCGGUACAGCAAGGAAUGCAUAGGAAGUUACAUCCAAAUGAUAUUUGGCGAGCAAGAUUCUCUGCGAUUACAGAAAAAGAUAUAAAAUCUGCUUUAGAAAAUUUGAUAAAACCCAAUGAAAAUGAAGCAAAGAGUGUUGAUGCACGUCAAGAGCUAGAUUUGCGAAUAGGUUGCGCAUUUACACGUUAUCAAACUAAAUUUUUUCAAGGCAAAUAUGGUGAUUUAGAUGUGUCUUUAAUUUCUUAUGGGCCAUGUCAAACUCCAACAUUAGGAUUCUGUGUACAAAGGCAUGAUGAGAUCCAGACCUUUAAACCAGAUCCGUAUUGGGUGUUACAGGUAACUAUUAAGUGUCCUGAUGGACAGGACAUUGUGUUAAGUUGGAGUCGUGUACGUUCUUUUGACAAAGAAGUCGCAAAUAUGUUCUUAAGCCAUGUUAAAGAAUACGAUCGCGCAACCGUAGUGAGUAUACAAAGUACAGAAAAAUCAAAGUCGCGACCUAUAGCUUUAAAUACGGUGGAGCUGAUGCGAGUCGCAAGUUCUGGGCUGGGAAUGGGCCCGCAGCACGCUAUGCAAAUUGCGGAGAGACUUUAUACUCAAGGAUACAUAAGUUAUCCUCGAACCGAGACGACAGCGUAUCCUGAAAAUUUCGAUCUGCUUUCUACGCUGAAACAACAACAGAAUAAUCCCGAUUGGGGUGAGGAGGUUCGAAAAGUACUAGCGAGCGGUAUUAAUAGGCCAAAGAAAGGUCACGACGCCGGUGACCAUCCUCCUAUAACACCUAUGAAACACGCAACCAGAAACGAACUCGAUGGCGACUCGUGGAGAUUAUACGAUUAUAUCACGCGCCAUUUCAUCGCCACGUUAGCGCGGGAUUGUAAAUACUUGAGUACUACGGUAAAAUUCGAGAUAGGAAUGGAAAUAUUUACAACGACCGGCCAUAGCUUGCUAGAUGCCGGGUACACGAGCAUUCUUACUUGGCAAGCGCUCGGCAGUAGCGACACUCUGCCGAAAUUUACACCCGAGGAGAAAGUGAACAUACAAGAGGCGAAAUUAUUGGAAUGUUAUACGCAACCGCCGGAUUACUUAACAGAGGCAGAAUUGAUAACUCUCAUGGAGAAACACGGCAUCGGAACAGACGCCUCGAUUCCUGUACAUAUAAAUAAUAUUUGCAUCAGAAACUACGUUAAUGUUACAGUAGGUAGGAGAUUAAUACCUACCUCUCUCGGCAUCGUUCUGGUUCAUGGAUACCAGAAGAUAGAUCCUGAAUUGGUUUUGCCUACUAUGAGGUCUGCAGUGGAGGAGCAACUAAACCUAAUAGCGUUGGGUCGUGCCGAUUUUCACGCUGUCUUACAGCACACUGUAGAGAUUUUUAAACAAAAGUUUCACUAUUUCGUACAAAGUAUCGAAGCUAUGGAUCAACUGUUCGAAGUCUCGUUCUCUCCGCUGUCGGCGUCUGGUAAAGCACAUUCUAGAUGUGGUAAAUGUCGCCGAUACAUGAAAUAUAUACAAACCAAGCCAUCCAGAAUGCACUGCGCGCAUUGUAAUGAAACUUAUAAUCUACCACAAAAUGGAAACAUACGAAUAUACAAAGAAUUGAAGUGUCCAUUGGACGACUUCGAAUUGCUUUCAUGGUCGACCGGAACGCGAGGGAAAAGUUAUACAUUUUGCCCGUAUUGUUAUAACAAUCCACCGUUCAGAGAUAUGAAGAAAGGAAUGAGCGGUUGUAAUUCGUGCACGCAUCCCACAUGCCCACACGCUUUGAAUUCGAAUGGCUUAUCGAGUUGUCUGGAAUGCGAUCUGGGUAUUCUUGUGCUCGAUCCUUCGGCCGCGCCUAAAUGGAAAUUGGGAUGCAAUCGUUGCGACGUUAUUAUCCAUUUGUUCGAGAACGCGCAUAAAGUAACGGUCGACACGGAUGUAUGUGACUGUGGCGCGCAAUUAGUAACCGUCGAGUACAAGCAGGAUAAAAGUAAACUCCCUAACGAGGUGACUGAAAUGUCCGGCUGCGUAUUCUGUACUCCAGCUUUCGCCCCGUUAGUAGAGAAGCAUCGUGCAGUAGCUUCGAAACCGGUCGUUACGCGUGGCCGCGGCCACACCAAGAGCCGCAAUCGAGGCAAACCGAAGCCGCCCAAGGACAAAAUGGCACAAUUAGCGGCGUACUUCGUGUAAUGAAUCAUUAAAGGCAACCCGCGUAGA